GUGUUGAUAAUGUUUAUCUGAUAUAAGUCGUCUGGUUAUUGCUAGCUACAUAGAUAUGAUGAAGACGCUAACCUCGGUCAUCACUCUGCUGGCCACCUUAAGUCUCUCAAAAUGUCAGACGACAAAACCACACAUCCUGUUAAUAAUAGCAGACGAUUUUGGUUACAACGACAUCGGGUAUCAUGGUUCUGAGAUAAAGACGCCGAAUUUAGACAAGCUUGCGGGAGAAGGCGUUAAGCUGGAGAAUUACUACGUGCAGCCGAUAUGUACACCCACAAGAAGUCAACUCAUGUCUGGACGAUAUCAGAUACACACCGGUCUUCAGCACGGAGUCAUACGCCCUCCACAACCUAACGGUUUACCCCUAGACAGUGCAAUACUGCCACAGAAACUGAAGGAAGUGGGAUACUCAACACAUGCAGUAGGAAAAUGGCAUCUCGGGUUUUACAAGGAGGAGUAUCUGCCAACAAAUAGAGGAUUUGAUUCUCAUUUCGGAUACUUAACAGGAGCAGAAGACUACUUCAAACACGACCGCUGUUUUGGCGCCAUGUGUGGGACCGAUCUUCGUGACAACAUGAAUCCUGCUAAUUACACAGGAGUCUACUCUACACACUUGUUUGCCCAAAAAGCAGCAGAAGUAGUCAACAACCACAAUACAGACAAGCCCCUUUUCUUGUAUCUGCCUUUUCAAUCUGUACAUGGGCCAUUACAAGUUCCUGAACAGUACACAAAGCCUUAUAUGCACAUACAGGACAAACAGAGACGAACAUAUGCCGGGAUGGUUUCGGCAAUGGACGAAGCUAUUGGGAACUUGACUGAUGUGUUCAAGAAAAGGGAGAUGUGGAAUAACACGCUGAUGGUAUUCUCAACUGACAAUGGAGGUCAAAUUCAUGCCGGGGGAAACAACUUCCCUCUUCGCGGAUGGAAGGAUUCCUUGUGGGAGGGAGGAGUGCAUGGAGUAGGGUUUGUUCACGGCGAGAUGUUGAAGAGGAAAGGGUCGGUGUCACGAGACUUGAUUCACGUCUCUGAUUGGUUCCCAACUCUCAUUUCCAUGGUGGGAGGAACCUUGAACGGAACCAAACCAUUGGAUGGAAUGGACCAAUGGAAAACCAUAAGUGAAGGUUCAUCUCCUGGUCCAAGACAGUCCAUUCUUCACAACAUUGACCCUAUGUACCCGCCGGUGGGCCAGAGGGUGCCCAGCAGCCCAUUCGAUAACAGAAUACGGGCGGCGGUCAGAAUGGGCGACUGGAAACUGGUCACUGGAUUUCCAGGAAAUGGAAGUUGGGUUCCACCUCCUCAUAUGGAUUCCAUAACUUUAUCCAAAGACCCAGCUUCUAAGAACAUCUGGCUCUUCAACAUAACGGAAGACCCUAACGAACACGAUGACGUAUCAGGCACCUAUCAGCACGUAGUUAUAAACAUGUUGGAGUUGUUAGCCCAGUACAAUAAAACAGCUGUACCUUGUCGAUAUCCGGCCAUGGACAGCAAAGCUAAUCCAAAGUAUCAUGGUGGAUAUUGGGGACCAUGGGAAUAAAAUUUAACGAGCAAAAGCCUACACCCAUAUUGGAGCCAUUUUGUUAGAAGAUUUCAUCACAUCCAAAACUCUUCUUGACCUUGUGUCUUCUUCCUUUCUUUGGUUUCCAAAUGGGCUUAGUGUUCUGUUAUUUUAUUAUGCUGAGCGAUGGUUUGCGUAACUGUAAUGAUAUAAAUGCCCGAAUACUAAACGCUGUCAGUUUCUUCUAGAUUAGCAUUGUACAAACAUUUUAGAAGAACACCUGGCAUGCAAAAUACAUUUGUAGAAAGUUAAUUUAUAUAAGUUUAGAUUAAUAAAAUAUCAUUGAUGAA